UAGUCUGGGACAGGAGUAGGAAGGAUAUAGAGAACUUGUGGGACAGGAGUAGGACGGAUAUUGAGAACUUGUGGGACAGGAGUUGGACGGAGAUAAAGAACUAUGUUAAGCUGGGGAGGAGCACUGGGAGCCUCCCAACCCAACCCGAGGAGGGACCAGGAGAAGGGUUGCAAUGCAGAUCAGAACUUGUUAAAUCUUCAAAGGAAAGAGGAACUUAUUCUCAGCAAGCAAGUGAGACAAGGCACUGUGGUGAUACUAGGGGGACAGAAUAUCAGGGAGUCCAGCCCUUUUGUACACUAUGAGAAAGUGAGCCGACAGAACUCCAAGAAACCUGCUCAACCCAGAGAAAACAAACCACCUGCCCCAAACCCAGAGGCUAUUAGGAAGGCGUCUAAUCCAAUUGCAUUAAGAUACUGGAAUCAAUGUUUGCAAACCCAGAACUCUACUCCAGACACAUCAAAAAACACCGAAACUGUUCCUGCUCCGACAUUUUCUUCUCCUCAACCUGUGCCAAACCUCUCUUCCUCUCUAUGUCCGUCUAAUUCUCAGUUCCAAUCUUCUCCUCCUUCCCGUUUCCAGUCCCAACCUUCUCCCCCGUCCUAUAUUCAGUCCCAAUUUUCUCCUCCGUCCCAUAUCCAAUCCCAACCUUCUCCCCCCUCCCGUAUCCAGUCCCAAUCUUUUCGCGCAUCCAAUAUACAGGUUGAACCGUCUCCUGCGUCCCGUAUCCAGUUAAAUUCUUCUCCACCUUCUUGUAUCCAUCUCCAGUCUUCUCCUUUGUCCCGUAUCCCGUUUCAAUCUUCUCCGGUCCCUUCCAAUAUCCAGUUCUCCUCCUCUCAUCCUUUAUCUAAAGCUUGGUUUAAUCCAUUUCCUGGCGCCAACAAUACCGAUGAGUUCAGUUUAUCUCAUAAACCCGAACUAUCUUCUUCACCUGAUACAUUAUUCCACGGAUCUAGUCCUAUUCCCAAAUCCUAUCCGACUCCCAGACACAAACCAGGAUACAAUAUUUCUCAAGGUAUGAAUUUACCUCAGGAAAUGGUUCCAUCUCCGGGACGUAAUUCGUCUAAAAGAACGUAUAAUUCAUCUGAAUCUGUUCCAAAGAAUGGAUUUUAUCCUUCUUCAUAUCAACACAAUUCCACUUCUCAACCUCCCCCGCGCCCUCCUUCUCCAGUUUACACUUUCAAACCUUCAUAUGUAUCUCUUGGAUCUUCUGUAUCUCCUGUAUCUCCUCCCUGGUAUCAACCUGAUUAUAAAAUAGUUCCUCUUCUCCCAACCAACAGCUCCGAUAUUCCGUCCCAAUCCCGAGCAUCCUCUCUUCCUCCCUGGUCCAGAGAACCUAGAGAUCCUAGAGGACCCGGAGAAUCUGGAACCAAACCAAGACGACGAUUUAUUCAACACGAAUGGCCUCCUGUAAAUUCUAUACAAAAUGUUCCUAAAAAGCAUACUUUUACUAAGUUUCACCAGCAAAAUAAUCUUAGACAUGAUUAAACAAACACUAAUCUUAAACAAAAAAUAUGUUUUUUACAAUACUAAUUAUUAAUCUUUUUUAUGUACGCAUGCUGUUAUAAUCUUAAUAUAUUUAACUAAAAAAGUUAAUCAUUUAUUGUACUGAUAAUUGAGAUAAAUUGUGACGACACAAUAUCGUCUCCCACAGAAAAGAGGAAAUGCAGGAAUUAAUUAUAAAUCUGCAAAACUAAUAGAUUCUAGUUUUGAUAUGUGAAAUUGUGCGUUCAGUCGAUAAAUCACGAAUUUAUACAGCACAGACGAGCUAGAGACUAUCUGGGAUUUGUCUCACCAAGGAGUUCUUUAGAUCCCGAAUUGUUUCUCCGAUGAAAGUUUAAUUUUUUUUUGUUCUUAAAACGGAUAAAUAAAAGAAAUAAUCUGA